UUUGCUGCAAUUUAAGCCCAGUGUGGGGCAUUGUAGAACAGCUUCUGAAAGCCAGUAACAGUCGUUGGAAGCAACACAGUGUCUACACUGACACUGUGUCAACCCAACCACAUCAGCAUGGACUCUACGCCUCUCCUGGAGUGGAGUUAUUAAGUUGGUGUAGCAAGACAGUUAUGUCGACAGGAGCAAAAUUUUAGUGUGGACACUUACAUAGUUAGGUCAACGUAAGCUGCGUUGCGUCAACCUAAUUCAGUAGUGUAGAGCAGGCCGGAAUUAAUGACAAUGGCAUUCUUUGUUGCUUGUCUGGGUAGGAAGAGAGAAAAGGCCUUCCCACCCCCCAAAUGGUGAUGAAGAGAGAGACUCUACCUCGGCAUUCCCAUGAGGAGAGUAAAGGACAACAUAUGAAAGGACUUCAAGGCUGCCAUGAGACAAAUCAACUGUCUUCCUAUGCAUAUUACUUUUGUUACCCAGUCUUCCUCCUCCCCUUCAUCCAGGCUCCCUUGUUUGUCUGUAAGCAAUUUGGGGGCAGGGAUUGUUGUUUACUACAUAUUUGUACAGUAUCUAGCACAAUGGGCCCCUGAACUGGUUGGCCUUUAGGCACUACCAUAAUACCAAUACUAAAUAACAUCAAUAAUUCUCCAGGAGUUGUUGGGCUAGGUGCUGGAAUCACUGAUGACACUCUGGCCUGUGUUCUGCAGGGGGUCAGACUAGAUGAUCAUAAUGUUUCUUUCUAGCCUUCAGAUCUAUUAAAGGCUUGCCUGAUUGCAAUUCUCCAGUUAACAUAUAUAUAUAUAUAUUUAAUUAAAUUACAUUACACAGUUCACCUAAAAUUACUAGCUCUAGUAUAAAGUGACUCAAAAUUAAUUUAAAUAUAGUGCUAAAAUUUCUCUUACAUGGUUGAAUAAUUACUGUGAUACAGUUUCAAUAAGGCAAAGACCAGAAAUGUCUCAUAUGAAUAUCAUUAAGAGCAUCCCAACUGGAUGGGCAUUUUAAGACAAUAUACAUGUAAAGUAAGCCAUAAAACCAAGCCCACUACAGAAAUAGAGUAAAAAGAUUUAAAUAAGCAAUGUAAGAUAAGUUAAACAAGCUAGUCAUUAAAUAUAUAUUCAUAAAUAUUUUACAAUAGCUUUGGAUAACCACAUUAUGUACAUUCCAUGUGUGCUUAAUGUUUUUAAUGUACAGCCUCAUUUUAAGCAACAUGCCUAACUUAUUUCAGCUAGACAAAAUAACUUUAUGCAUUUCGUCACUUUUUUAAAGUGUGCUUUUAAAUAAAUUGGUACAAAAUUAAUUUGCAUGUGUGUGAAAAAGUGGUAGACAAAGCUAGAGCUAAAAUAGUUUGGAGUGAAUAGUUUAUUCAGUAAAUUUUUCUUUUUCUGUUUGUAAAUUUUCUGUUGGAAGCUACUUAUUUUCUUGAAUGGGUUCAUUAUUUAAAUGAUUUCUACAAGGAAUUUUCUAUCUAUAGAUCAUUUGUGAUCAACUUGCUACGAGUAUUCUGUUUUUGAAAUUUGAGCAAUGAUAGCUAGCUUUGAUUGGACACAGAAGUCACAUGACACGAUUCUAUUCCCUAGCUGGAUAAAUGUGAGUCUUAGAAUCAGGCUGUAGUGGGAAUAUUUGUGUGUGAGAAUUCAAGGUUUGAUUUCCAUGAAUUUACUGUCAUGCUUACUUUUUCAGUGAACAUCCCUGCUUGUAAACUCCUUUGCUGGAAUACAAAAUGGGUGAGACUACAGCUGGAGCUUACUUGAGGAUUACUUACUUUGGAGGGAUUCGCCCAUUUUAGUUGCAGUCUCCAAAACUUUCAGUAUAUCUUCUCUUUAUCCAUAGGGCACGUACAGCACAAGCUUCCCUGUACUACCUGGUCAACAUGCCUCUGCUCUCCUGGAACGACCACCUCUAGGGAUACAUCUACAUCAGCGCUAAUCCCAACAUUUGUCUACCACUGAUGCAGCUCCAUCAGUCAUAGCAUUGGUGGAACUGCUAGGGAAUGUAGGAGUGCAGGUGUUUUCACCAUCAGGUCACACUCUGAACACAGUUUGACAACAGGGUGAUAAAUAAAAGCUCAUGCAUGCUCUGUUUUAGUGCUUACACCACUGGCAACUCUGGAAAGUACACCACUGGUUGACCAACAGUGCAGAAAAGCUAGUGUAGACGAGGCCCAGGGGCAGAAACGUCUCCAUGGCCCAUUCAAUCCUUGGUCUCUCUGCUGAGGCUUUCAGUAAAUUCUAACUGUGUUUGUGAUAUAGGUGUCUCUGCACUGUUAUCCAAGAAAAUACUCUCUCUAUUUGUAUUUUGAUAAACUGCCCUCUCCUAAUAUAAUUUAACAGUCCAAUUCCUGGAGGGGCAGUAUGAUAAAUUUUAAGCCACCCUGUUUCCCAGAUCUCAUUCAGCAACACAAUCUACACACAGCUACCCGGAAUGCUCACAAGACAGCCUAUAAUUCAUUACUACUGUAUGGCUCAGAGAGGCAAGGUUGAUAGGUUUCUUUGGCUCUCAAAGACUCAGCAAUAUUAAUUAAAGUCAACCGAGAAUUUUAUGCAGUAGAGAAAGAAAGCGGAGGGGAUGACAGGAAGCAGUAAAUAAACAGAGGCCAAAACAGCUGAAGGAAGCUUAUAAGGUCAUCAGCUACACUAGAGUGGUCACAGCCACGCUGCAAGGGAUGGGAUAUGUCAAAGGAAGGGAAGGUUAGCUGCAACUAUUAUGAGAUGGGAGGGACUGAGGGAGCUGCUAUUUUUUAAUGGAAUGACAGAUGGUUUGGUGGUUAAGACACAGAAAAUCUGCCGCAGAUUUCCUUUGUGACAUCAGGCAAGUCAUGUAGGUGUUUGAGAUCACCAGCUGGAGUUAGGGCAUGAAUUGACACAAUUAGAUUCAUUAUGCACUGGAGGUGGAAGUACCUCUGAAGUAGCUGAUACUGGGACUCAUCAAUGUCAAACUGAGGAUAUCAGAAUAGGUGGAGCAUGUCUGUUCUUAUAUGCAAAUUCCUGUGUUCCUUCUCUUUCCUAAAGUAAGCAGAGAUGGGCAAUUUUGUAAAAGCUCCAUAUCUAUGGUCAGUUUUGUUUUCUAUCUGCAAUUCCAACAUUUAUUUCAAGACUAGAAGUUUAGAGAGGAGAGAGAAAAGGAAUGAAGGAGGAAAAAUGGCUUUCAAUUCGUUAUGCAAAGACGACUUACUGCGCCCCAGGAUACGAAGCGCUUUGAGCCUGACCCCCAGAAGCCAGAGCAGUUACCAAACGCCACCUCUGACAGAGCUUCAACGCCUGCUGUGGACACAUAAACCUUCCACUGGCCACGUGAAUGAAGUCUGGCCAAACCUCUACGUGGGAGACUUAUAUACAGCUCGGGACAAAGAGCAGCUGCGCCGAAUGGGUAUCACCCACAUUGUGAAUGCUGCUGCUGGCAGAUUUCACAUUGACACUGGAGCUAAAUUCUACAGAGACCUGCCUGUAGAUUAUUAUGGAAUAGAAGCUGAUGAUGAUCCAAAUUUUGAUCUCAGCAUUUACUUCUAUCAAACUGCCAGAUAUAUAAGAGCAGCGCUGAAUUCUCCAAGAGGCAGAGUAUUAGUUCACUGUGCAAUGGGGAUCAGCCGAUCAGCAACGCUUGUACUUGCUUUCUUAAUGAUCUGUGAAAACAAGACCCUUGUUGAUGCAAUUCAGGCUGUGUGUAAACAUCGAGGGGUCUGUCCCAACUCUGGCUUCCUCAAGCAGCUUCAGGAACUAGACAUGCGAUUAGCGAGGGAGAAAGGAAGAGGAAUAGAUCCCCUCAGACUUUAGAUGGGGGGACAUCUUCUGAUUAUAGACCAAGAGAUACAGGUUGCCUCCAGGAAGAUUAUACUUCUGGCAAGACAGAUGAACCCGGACUAUGCUGUAGUUGCCUGGAGAAAUCCAUAUGGAGCGAGCGGGGAGAGUUUGAGAGUUUGAAAUUUCACCUCCUGCAGAAAUACAAGCCAGAUCCUCAGCUGGCGCCUGUCAAUGUCGUUCCACUGGACUUAUGCCAAUUCAUACCAGCUGACCAUCUGGCCCCUUCAUUGGAUCCCCUCCAUCCCCAGCAAGCCUUAGUGGACUCGUUGGAACCCCAACAAGCCCAUGUAGAUUAGUUGGGGUCCCUCACAACUACCCCACACUCUCAGACCCUUAUAAUGAUCAACAGAUAUGUGAGGUCCCAGGGACCGCUGGAAGCUGAUGGACAGCUGUGAAAUCACUAACACAACACAGUUAGAGCCCACAGCCACGUUCUGAGCACUGCUAUUUUAUAUAGAAACAAUCAUAGCUUCCAUUUCCAUUGGCUUUUAAUCCCAGUGUCUCAAAAUACUUGGCAAAUAAUUGGUUCAAGCCUCACAACCCCUCAGUGAGGUAGGUAAGUAAUGUUAGCCCCAUUUUACAUAUGGGGAAAUUGAGGCCCAAAGAUGUUAAGCAAACUGCCCCACUGAUGCACUGCAAAUCUGUAACAAUGCCAGGAGAGGAAUCCAGAUCACUUGGCGUAUAGUGCCAUGUUCUAUUCAGAUUCCCCAUCUUUCCCUUUGAAAAAGGAACGCUCACCUCAUGUCAGAGCAAAAUCGAACAAUGCACCUACCAAAUCCAAUGCAGCAGCUCUGUAUUCAGAUUUCCCUUUUACGUCCAAUUGACCACAUUAUAUCUCAUAAACAACUGGAAGGAGAUAUUUACUUCGAUGCAAUUACAGCCCCAUGCAGCGCAUUGGCAAAUGCAAAUAAUAUAGAAUUUCCACUCGACGGCAGAUUAAUUUGGUGUGAUGUUUUCCCUCGAGAGUUCUUAAAGGCUUGCAGUAGUGAAAGUGUCAUGCAGCUUGUAUUUUUAGUACUGUGGAUUCUGAGCAGGAAUAGAGGGCUGUAUACACUCACCCAGAACUGCUGGGUUUUUAAACCGCCAUGCAGUAACGUUUUUACUGAGCGCAGCACCCUUCCUGUGUGUGUCUCAGAGUAAUAUGAAAACGAGACUUCCCUGCAGAGCUGGUGGCUAAAUUCAGGUGAUGUUUUCCUUUUCAUAAGCACUGGUAAGCCCUUGCCACCGAUGCUAAUUAUUUGUAUCCUCAAAGGAGUCAGGUGAUAGCAAGGUUGAUUUAGUCUCCACUGUUAAGAUAGGACAGCUGGAAGAGGAUUGAUCCAUUGGGGAAUGGAGAAAGUGGCUGGGAGGGAGGUCACAGUUAAUGAUGGGGAGAGGGGGAGAAAAUCACUGUUGUAUUACAACUUUUCAAGGAAAAGCUCUAGGGAUCAUUUUAGGGAUGUUUGGUAACCUGUGUUGUACAGGAGGUCAGGCUAGAGGAUCACAGUGGUCCCUUCUAGCCUGGGAAUCUAUGACUCUAAGGUCUAAGUGGCCCGCUUAUUGGCAGUAUCAGCAAAGAGGCCAAGCAUUUCAACAAGCAUGGAAGCUGAACUACUCUCUCACUGUUGGAGGUGGUCCCCCUCCAUGUCAGGGGCAGGGCGUAUUGAUGGGCCAGUGUGGGGAAUCUUGUGUUGUCACUGCCCGGCCUGUACCUGUUUUGUGGAUAGAAGCCUUCACUCUCCACAGCUGUCAACCGGACACCUUUCCUGAGCACCGGACUCACUUUAACUCGGUCUGUACGGUACGGUAGGGCAUUUCUGGGCAAUCCUAGCAGAGUGCAGGUGAUGUUAGAAAGGCACGAGUCCAAAGGCUCAAUGCUUUUAUCCAGUCCAGAAAUGUCAUAACCCCCAUAAAUUCCAUGCCCCUCCAUGAUUACACAGUGGAAUUAAAACAAAACCGCAAUGAGCAAAUGUGUUAUUGACAUGUGCCUCGCAUUAUAACAGGGGAACUUGGACUGCGACCCAGUCAGUGCUGUGACAAGGAAACAUGAUCAGAUUCCUCAGCGGGCUCAAAUUCUUAUCCCCAGACAGCUCUCCACCAACAACAGCAGCUCAUGUUCAACAGCACCCAGCAAUGCAACACAAGCAGUAAACCUCACAAUAGCAAUGGCAGGACUCCCAUGACCGCCCCAAGUCACUGCAGGCCCAGCAGCAUUAAUUGAACUAGCUGAUGAGGAUAAUAAUAUGUAACUUCUUCAUGGUGGUGUUGUGAGGCUAAGUUCAUGUGUGCAAAGCACUUUGAGUUGCUGGGAUGAAAGGUGUCACAAAAAGUCCUGCUAGGGCAGGUGUCACCAUACCAUGUAGUCUUCUAGAUUCUCUCUUAGCAUGCAAGCAAGUGUUGACUCACGGGCAGGCGUGCUGUGCUGUUAGCUGUUCUGGUUAUGUACGGAGUUUUUGCAUAGAGGCAGCUUUGGGUGAGAGGGAGCUGUGUGAGCAGCAGGAGACUGAAACUGGGGCUCUGAUUAGAGUCAAUUCCUGAAGCAGAGCAGGCAUUGGAGUUGGGCAAAGAUAUCUGGAAGAAGGGGUUGCCUGUAUGGUGUUUGACCAUCUCAAGUCAGGACCGGUGCACGUGUGUAAAUAAAGCAAGUUACACUCAGACUAUAACCCGACUCUGUGUCACUGCUUUAGCCUCCGUAGGGAAGCUGACCUGCAAGAUCUCAGAAAUCUCCAACCACUUGAAAGGUGACAUCAGGGGCAGCAGCACAAUUUAUUAUUACUAGAUAACAUUCAAAGCAUACACACAGGGUUGAUCCACCCUUCUCUUGGGAGAGGGACCCAGAGAACUAAAAGAGGCCAAACGGCAGGAGCUGAAAGUGAACCAAUAGCACCUCACUGAGAAGAGAAAGAUAAGGAAAGCUUUCCCCCUCCCACAGUGGUUAGGCUGGCUCCCAGAUACUCCCCUUGAGUCAUCCCAUUUUGCCAUAACUUCCAGGUGCUGGUGAGCAGGUAGUCCCUCUCCAUCCUUUCUUUGAACUUGGUUACAUCUCUUCGCAGUUCCCCCUUACCUUCCCCUCCUGCAGGUAUUUUUAUGGAUAUAAUAGGUGCUUGCCCGCCUGUUGAACACGUGCCGUAGCUAUGAAAGCAUCUACUAAAAUAAAGGCUUUGGCACAGGUGCAUCUUGGAAUUAAUAUUUUAUGAAGAUUAAGUAAUCAUAACCCUUGACCCACAUGCGUUACACACACUGGUGGCUUCUUCCCACCAAGCUUAGUUACCACGCAGGAAUCUCUUAAAGCGCACUUAGCAUCAGACAAAAAUCAAAGAGGCAUUAGGGGGUGGUUCCAUAUUUAUUCUCACUCAAUAGCUUCCAGAUCCCAUGUGCAAAGCUUGCUCACGGAGAUGGCUUUUCAAGCUGCCAGCUCUGCAAAACCAACUUGGGAAUCUGAGAAAUCCAGCUGUUAUUUCUACCACUGCAAUUCUCACCAGUAACAAGGAGUCUGAUACCAGAACUUAGCUGGCAAUUUUGCUGAUCAUGCACCAGGAGAACAGAAUCCCACUCACUCAGGUGUACUGACUCUGCAGUGUCAGUUCUAGUAAAACUUGUCUGCAAGUGUACUAAUUACUACUUGUGAGAAACACAGGCACCAGAUACUAUAGGCUGAGUAAGGUGGUAGCAUUUCUGUCCAUAAUGGCAAGAGCUAAUCAUAACAGAUACAUGUAUGUUCCCUCAUAAGCAUUCUCUUCUUCCCAUCCAUAUUUUACAUGGCACUAUAGGAGCACUAAGGAUGAUUUCAUCAACAUCUAUUCAUCUUAGGUGCUUAUAUGACCCCCCACUACCGUUACUGCGGUAUAUGAGCCUUGCAAUCUGCAAUGCAUUUUUCCUCAAAAUCCCUCUGAGAAAGGGAAGUACUAUUAUUCCCAUUGUACAGAGGGGGAACAGUGGCACAGAGAGGCUAAGUGACUUGUCCAAGGUCACAAGGGUCUUGGGUAGAGCAGGGAAUUGAGCACCAGUCUCCCCAGUCCUAUAGCAGCUCCCCAACCACUGGACCAUCUUUUCUCCCCUUCUGAAGAUAUAUUAACAAUCUCUCUGGCUCUCCCUCCCAGACAUAUGUUAAUGAUAGUAAUUAUAGAGAAUGUUGCAGCAGACAUGUCUGUGCUGCAUUAUUCCUUCUUUGUUUUUGCACUUGGGGUUUUAUUUGUAAAAGAAAAGAGACUAUAAAUCUGUCCUGUGAAGAGCUAAGGGAGGAGAGGCUACUGACUCCAAAUAGUAACAUGAAAGGAGCAAGGAUAGUGGCUUUUGCACCAGCGGUGAUUUCCCAAAGAACAAUUAAGGGCAUUGCACAGAUGUACACCAUCUGGGGAGAUGAAUAUGUGAAUGAGACAGCCAUGACAGCUAUGGUCUCAUCAUACCCCGGGGGCACUAAUUUAUACCAUCUCUCCAGAACUACAGAUGCAAAACUUGCAGACAUAUCUCCACUGCUACAAUGAUAAAUAUGCAACCAUACACCUUUCAAGAUCCAGGGGUCCUACACAUGCCUAUCACAGCAUGUGGUGUAUCUCAGCCAGUGCAUCAAAUGCCCCAACAAACAACUAUGAGAAACCAGGCAAUCACUACACUCUCAAAAGAACUCAUACAGAAAAAAGAUAAAAGAUAUAUCCAUAUCUGACCUGUCAGUUCUCCUCCUCAAAGGAAACCUGCACAACACCUUCAAAAAGGCAAGCCUGGGAAUUAAAUUCAUAACUCUGCUGGACACUAACAAAAAAAAAAAAGGACUUAACAGAGACAUGGAUUCUCUGGCUCAUUUACAACAAUUUAUAACUCAGCGUACAUACUGCCUACUAAUGCUUAACUGCCCACUUGAUUUUAAGUGAUUUCCUACAACAUGCGUGAACCCCUUAUGCUUAACAUGUCCCACCUUGUAAUUAGCUUGGAGACCCCAGUAACUUUCUCCAGACUGAGGAAGAGGUCUGUGAAGGUCGAAAGCUUGUGCCUUCUACCAACAGAAGUUGGUCCAAUAAAAGAUAUUAUCCGACCUCCCUUGUCUCUCUCACAGCCUCGGACCAACCUGGCUACAAGAACAGGGCAAACAUCCAUCUCUCUAGGAUAGUUUCAGUGCAGUUAUGGGAAGAAGAACCCCUAUAUCGGGUUUUUCUUUGUACAUGGUGUGGUUACUUUUGCUGUUUCUCUUGUGCAAACAGCCUGGGCCCUUGCACCAGAACAUGCCAUACUACUAAAACAUUAAAC